UUGCAACCUGGAAAUAUCCAUAUACUCAACAGCUCACUCUUGUUUGAGAUCUUCGUGGUCAUGGCUGACUUGUGAUGCUUGGCUCUUCGUUGAAGUGACCUGCGCGUCGAAAUCAAAAAUGAAAUCUUUACAUUUCUGAUAGAUUCGCAUUCAAUCAUUUACAGCUUAUCUUGGCCCCCCUUUCGGCAUUGAUGGAGCUGUGGCAAUUCCAUUUUCGACCAUAGCAGUAUUGCUGAAUCAAACACGGUCGUUUUCCCCGCAUAGACGUUCACAUUGUGUAUACAGCAGGAAGGAGGGAUAAAGGGAAACACACCCACAAAAAAAAAGAAAAUAAUUGACAGACAGUGCAGUGGACAGAGCAGCAAUCAAGGGCCUCACCUCUCUCGUCUUCUUAGAUUACCAUGGCGCUUGCAACGGACAUAAACUCAAUGGCGGACGUUACUGCAGCCGUGAUCACAACUGCAGCAGAGGCAGCCAUACCGUCGACCUCUCUGGCUCCUUCCUCUGCGCUUUUCGUGAACCUCAGCGCUGUUAAUUCCACGCUGUCCAAACUACCGUUCCUUUCCUCUACAUCACAAGAUCUUUUACUAUAUCCGCUUCGCGUCAUUUACCAAGCUGAGGUCUUCAUAUUCAUCACUGCUCCCCGCAGUGUUCUGCAUUUCCUGGGACUGGAAGCAGCCGUGGCGAGCAUGAUAGAGAGCGCUGCUGGAGCUCUCGGUGGUGGAGCUAGUGUUGGGAGGGACGCGGCGGGCGCUACAGGGGCGGCAGUGGUAGCAGCUGCCGGAGCAGAUGGGACAGGAGCAGCUGCUGAUGCUGUGGUUGCAUCGGGGUUCAGUCUUGGCGAUUUGCUCCACAACACGAGGAAAUUUGGUGGAUUCUUUAGCUACAUGACCAGCCGAUGGUCCCUCGCAUGCUUUGCGGUGGCACUUGCUUUGAACCGCGUUACUGUAUACGGCUCCACGAGGCGCCAUCUUUCUUUAAAGUGGCAAGUUCGAUUGGCUCUGAGAAUAAUUCCCAUCGUCCUGCUCACUGGCCAAAUCAUUACAUUACUACAAGCCAUCCGCUGUCAAACGUCUCCAGAAUACCCACAAAUACGAUAUGGAAAAUCAGGAAAACGUUCUAGCUUGGACUACGGAGGCGAAGGUGGUCUCUUGUAUUCUCUUUCAUCGUUACUUUUACCCUGGCAGAAUGAUGAAGGCUCUUGCAAUGCCGUCCAUAUGAACCGAUUGCCCGGAACUAAAGAAAUACCUCACGGCUCAUUCUCGCUCCUGUGGCCCGUUUUCCUUCGUUUAUGUCUCAACCAGUUUGUUGAAACACUAUCGUGUGCAUUGCAAGGACGUGGGGUUGCCACGGAGGCGGGGAUGUCUAUAUUUGAACACUCUCUAGCAUUUGCAGAAGCAGAAACGAUGAUAAGCCAGUCUGUCGGCCUCGGUCUCUUUGGCCUGUCCAAAGCUACUGGCCAGACAUCCGCAAGCAACAGCACGAAUUCCUCGUCCGCAUCGCAGCUUCUUUCUAAAAGCCAAGUCAUAGACAGGCUUAAUGUUACCCCGGAGCUUCUGCUAAUUGCACUGAUUUCCUGUUGCAACAGUCUAUCCUCGAAUAUCCUCGACGUUUUCGGCCGUCAGAACCAAGGCCGCCUCAUUAACACAACAUUCUGGGGUCUUUGUUUCAUGGCCUCCAUACUUCUAGGCUUUUUUGAUGGUAUGCCCUUGAGUAAUGAUAUCAUUCUCAAGUUCCCCACGGUAUGUAUUGUGGGAUUCGUGCCCCAUUUGAUCAUAUUCGCUGGCAUCUUGACCUGCCUUGCGAUUUAUGGACUGGCCUUAAUUAUAACUGCAUUUUCGCUACCGUCUACUAUGCCGGCUCCUACCUCGCUGCGUGAAAGAUUCUCACUUGCGCAUGCCAAUAUGCAAGGUGCGUCACAAAUUCGAAAUGUGCGCCUCAAUCCAAGGGAAGACUUUUACACUGCCCUGGUUAGGAUAGGUUAUGCCUCCCUAGCAGCGGCAAGUGACGCCGUUUUUCUAAACGAAGGAAAGAGCGUAAUGGUUAGAACAAUGACUUGGCUGGAGGAGGAUAGGCUUUCAGAAAUUGAGACCUCAAGGAGCAACCGUGACGCUCGUAGACGUACCGCCCAACCGGUGGAGUUCCCUACUGGCGCCAAUGAUGCCUUUAACUUUGAUAUCCCCGAGCGUAAAGCUGAAUGGGAAAGUGGAUAUUCGCGGGAAAAGAAAAUUGAAAAACAAAAGGGAGCUCGUUCGAUGGGGAGUCAAAAUGCUCUUGGUGGGGUUGGGGCGUUCCAGGGAGCAAGCAGAUGCUAUCAUGGCUUCACUUUUUUCCGAGGAAUUUUCUUUCUUUUAGUAGGUUGGGCAGCGUUUUGGUUCGUAAGAUCCCUGGAUCUCAUGGGUAUUACUAGACGACCCAGGUGGUUGACAAAGCUGGGAGGCACUGCCCGCAAACGAGCUGUUCGAGGAACAACCGACAAUCACAACUCACUUGACUUUUGGAUUUUGACUGACCAAGGGGAGCUGAAACUCCCAGAAGACUACGAAUACGAUGUUGAAAAAGAAAUGAGGAAGCGGGAGCUGGCAAACAUUUCUCAAUGGGGUGAAGCGGAGGAAAGCCGAUUUGACAGGAAACUGUAUAAUUGGUGGAAGAUCGGGGGAUCGUGGGGCGAUCGAGAUGAAAGUGGAGACUAUACACCCUCUCAGGAUGAUUGGGAUGAUACGACAAGCGUUGUUUCAAUGUCGACGAAUGCCGAAUCGGAGUGGGAGGCAUAUGAGUCGGAUGGUCGUCGGACACCAACGCAAAGCAGCCCGUACACGCUGGGGAACAAUCAAGGCCACCUGUCUAAUUCCAGCUCAACAUCAAACACACCGCCCGACGAAUCCCUUUUAGACAUGGCUUCUCUUGCCCGCCUCCUCGACCCAAGGGAUCAAGAGGCGAGGCACGAAGCUCGAGUGCUAGCCUCGCAUCUGAUGGCAGCUGAUGAAGGCAAAAUAAUGACCCGCAGCCGAUUUAAAAGCCAAACGGAACGCGACCGCGCGCGUGUUCUCACAUCAUCACGAUAUAACAGGACUCACGUACAAGGCCUCACAUCAGCAUCUCCUGGUUCGAAUGAGAAGAAACGACCCACGCCGGAGGAAGAGGCGGAAAUUCUCGAAAAUCUCAUACUAUCGCGCCGACUAGGCCACGACUAUUCGUCUGGCACCUAUGUGCAACAACAAUAUCAACGACAACGAGAGCCGGAGUCUUGGAAAACCGGAGCGUCAGGUCUUGGUGCGGAUGGACCGCAAUGCGUUAUCUGCCAGGCUGCGCCUAGGUCGAUCAUCAUCUGGCCGUGCCGUUGUCUUUGCGUGUGUGAAGAUUGCAGGGUUAGUCUUGCGAUGAAUAACUUUGGAAACUGCGUUACAUGUAGGCGGGAGGUUUUUGGUUUUGUUAGAUUAUGGGUUCCUUAAAGGACAGUUCUUUUGCUUUACUCCCCUAUUUCCAGCUCCAUACGAUGAGCCUUUAGAGGUUUAAAGAGUUUUACUUGUUCACUUCUUUGCACAUAUUCCAUAUUUCAUCAUUAGAUUGUUGUUUUUAGUGAACAAUACUACGUAUUACCCGGCAUCGCGUUGCAGUGCUUUCGAAUCCCAAUAUAUUGCUUGUUCCUCCUUGUACCACUACCUUCCGCUGCAUCUACCGACCAGUAAACCUUCAGUUUCGACGUUUUAUUCUGCGUAUAGUACAGUAUAUUCUGGCUCUGUUAAUCGCUCUUAGUUAAAUACAGAGAGUGCGUUGAUUCUCACCCUUAUCUUGGUAUUUACUUUGCAUAUUGUGGCAUCGGUGCAUCUCUGUUGAUUCAUUUAGUAUUUACUUGGGCGAAGAGAAUUGCUUUGGGAGUUAAUUCGAUUGCCAUGUGCCAAACCCUCGGCGAAAUAGUCAUAGAAGAAAGUCAUGGAUAGAUAGAUGGCUAGAUGUUUUGUCCUUUUUAGUGCUCCCAAACCAUCAACAUUUUUUCAAACCACCACAAAUGCGUCCAUGUCAGAUAUAUCACAGUGAGAAAACAUGUCAGUUCCCGACUUUGGGAUAGCCCAAGUAAUCACUCCAGGAGCUGACUUGCUUUGACAGCUUAUUUAUUACCGUUCUUCUCAGUCUUCUGUGGAGGUAACUUUUUGCAAGAGUAUCUCCUUCAGGAUAUAUGAAUCCUCUCAUCCUUGCCUGACUUUGCCCCUCUUGUUCUGAGCAAAUUAUGUGAUUCUCAUAUGCAAUGAUGCCAUGCAGUCCCCUCUGUGUUGACUCUUGCC